UUUAAAAAAAACCUAUUUUAAAGAUCUGUCUCAUUAACAUCUGUCUGUGAAGAACAUAUGGUUUUGACUUAUUUCCUUAACCCUUGAAAUAGUGAACUUUGAAUGGAGUCUUCAUUUACUUUGGACACUAUCAUCAAAUAUAUCAACUUAGGAACUUGCUAGGUAAAUCAUCUAUAACAAAUUCCCAGGAGCUCAGGCAGUUUCAAAGGUGGCCUCUGGAGAAUCGGACCAAGAUCCCAGAACAAAAGCUUAUUCAAGAUAAAAUAUUUGAGAGGUCAUUCAUGGAAAAAGUUUCAAAUCCUAAAUCCGCGCUGUCAACAUAUGAGAAGGAAAAUAUGUGGCUACCUCAAUUUUUUUCCCCAUAUUAUUUACACAGAAAAAAUGGUGAUAUAGUAAAGAUUAUGUCAGCCACAUAUUCUGGGCUUGUGAAAAAGGGGGAACGUUUACAUAUCUGUGAAGAUUUUUUGUUGGGAAUAUGCUUUCUGGGGACACACUGCCUUGCCUUCCAUACCCUGCUACCCUUCCACUGGCAGUUUCAAUCUAAGAAUGAUGGCUCGUGGCACAGUAUACCCUUGGUAACUCAGCUUCAUUUGGAAAUGUGUUAUUCUGAUCCCAACCGAAGAAUUCUAUACCUCAAUAAUAUCAUGGGUAUUUCCUUUAUUCUGGACUUGCAGUUAAACUUAGUGAAUUCUCAUUUAUACAAGGCUGCUCGGAGGCUCUCCUGUUUACCAUCUAGUUCAUUGUUCCAUUCCAAAGUUCUCUAUUGGUGUCAAGAUUUUUUCUGGGUUCAACAUAAAAAGGAAGUGCAGGAAAAAAUAAAUUUUGGAGAAGAUAAUCUGUUUCAGAUUACAAUUAAUGGAGAGAAAACCUUGUUUAACCUGAAGGAAUCCUGGCAAAUGACAAAGAAUUCAAAAUAUCCACUGCUCCUUAAACAGGAGUAUUUACCAUUGCAUCAAAUUGUGUGCAAGAUCAAGCCAUGGGAUUCGAACAGUUUUCCCCCAUUGUUGGGGGAAGAAGAAGAAGAUUCCUAUUUUGGACCUUAUCCAGGAAUUAGCAGACUGAUUCAAACAAAUGAGAAAAAAAAAUUCACAUUAACGGAAAUGCUACCUUCAGAUCCUGCAUACCAGACUUGUUGCCAACUCUUUCAUCACUCUAUGCCAUCCCAGCAAACUAUUGUGCUAAGAAUCUUCCGGCUUUAUAAUAGAAACCUCUGGAAAGAAUAUAUUAGGAAUAAAAAAAUAAUGGUGAUGAAAAGAUCUCAUUUAAACUGCAUAGAGCGCCACCUCUUCCAUCAAACUGACAUGAACCUGGAAGAUCUAGCUUUGUGUGGCUUGGAACCUACUCAACAUUUUUGUGUGGAUAAUUUUGGAAUUGCAGUAUACUUCACCCAAGAAGCCAAAGCCUCUACUUUUAUGACCUCUAGAAAAGCCUCCUUCUUUGGACAUAACAUGGUAUUAGCAAAAGUGUUGAUUGGAGAAAUGACAAUUGAGAAACCAGACUCUUUAGUUCCACCUCUUAAUUCAGAAGAAAGCCAAUUUGAUUGUCAUGUAAACAAUACACUAAAACCUACUGUCUUUGCAGUGUCCAAUAGACAUUAUUGCUACCCUUACUAUGUCAUUCAAUAUAAGAAUGCCAGAGAUGCAAUUUAUAUGUCUAACUGAUUUAAAGAAUCAAACUUCAGCAAUUGCUCAGCCAACACUUGCCAAUGAAUUACACACAUCAGAAACUCCUCAACUAUUUAUUUAAACUUUUUAAUUAUUAUAUACUCCUUAUUUAUUUCUUUACUUUUAUUUUCAGACCAUCUACUACCUGGGAUACUCCUGAGACAUUCCCUAAACCAUGCUAUUGUUGGAAUAUUCAGUUCUUCCUUCCUUCCCAUUUCCAGUGCUUCUUCUCUUUUCCCAUUUUACU